AUGAGGACUUGUAUAAUUUCAUAUUCUAUAACGUGGCGUAGAGCAUUAGAACUUUUGUUAGCAACUCCGAAUGAUGCAGCUGAUGGGAUGUACAUGUCGGGAUUGCUGGCUUGGAAAUCACCCUUUCUGAUGAAUGCUGUUGUUGAGGCGUUGAAUAUAUUACCCGAUGACGAAGUCCUAGAACUUGGAAUUGGGUUCGGCGAUGGUGUGCUGUGCUCUUACAAGAAUAUAAGAGAGGGCAGAGGAACAAUAUACAGUGUAGAUAGAUGGGCUUCAUUAUUUGAAACAGUUCGAAGACGUUUUCCUACGAGUGCAUUGGAGGAAAAACGGAUUGUAUUGGAUGCAAAACUUUUGCCAUUCAACAAUGAUUUUUUCGACAAAAUAUUUCAUGUUCAUUCACCAUACUUUUGGACGUCUGAUUUGCCAGCAACACUAACUGAGAUAAUUAGAGUGCUGAAACCCGGCGGUACCUUCCUCUCCGGCAUGCAUUUGGAAAAGUUAGAAUUGCUGAAAAAAGGGAAGUUGAUAAGGCGGCGGCAGUUUGACCCAACUCGAUAUAUUUUUGAACUGGAACCCGCUGGAUUUUCGGAUAUUAGAAUGGAAUAUAUCAAGGGAAAGACAAACAAAGAAUAUCAGUUGAUAUUCGCCAAGAAACCAUUAGAAAUCAGAGAACUACGUGAUCCGGAUAAAGUCGCUGCUUUUCUAGAAAAUAAACUAAUGAAGGAAUACAUUAUUGAGUGUGGUAUAGAUGAAGGUCAUUCGCUAGUGGAAAUGGAGCAAGAAUUUUUGCGUAACAAAAUCUACGAUGACGUGAAGUUAUUGGAAGAAAGUAAACCUGGCGGCAUAGUGAGUUCCAAGUGCUAA